ACCUGCCCUCGGCUGGAACUACAAGCCCCAGAAGGCCUUGCGCCAGGGUCACUGCCCCUGACCUCAGGGACGGAAGCCAUUCGUUGCCUGGCAACAGCAACUCCCUUCGCGGUGCUGCAGCUGGCGGCAAAACUGCUAGAGGCGUCGAGGACAGCAUGUGCGAGGGCCCGUCCCGCAUCUCGGGGCCCAUCCCCCCAGACCCCACGCUCUGCCCAGACUACUACCGGCGGCCGGCCUCAGCCCAGGGCCGCCUCGAAGGAAACGCGCUGAAGCCGGACGCCACCCCACCCCGCGGGCCCCGCAUCAGGCCCGGAGGCCGAGAGAUCUUGGAGCGUGGCUGGCGAGGCGUAGGGGGCGUGCUGCUGCAGCUCGAGGGCAUCUCCCUCAGUCCGCGGGUCUCGCCCAAGAGGAAGGACCCUAAAGACCAUGAGAAGGAGAACCUGAGGCGGAUCAAGGAGAUCCAGAGACGCUUCCGGGAGCAGGGCCACGGCCGGGAGCAGGGCCAGCCCCAGCCGCUGAAGGCUCUGUGGCGCUCACCCAAGUAUGACAAGGUGGAGUCUCGAGUCAAGGCCCAGCUGCAGGAGCCUGGCCCUGCCUCUGGGACAGAGCCUGUCAACUUCCUACGGGCGCACUCCCGCUGCGGCCCUGGCCUCCCACCAACUCGUGUCCCCAGUCCCCAGCUAAGCCCACAAGGUCCCAAAACUAAGGGGCCAGGCCUGGGUGUGGACUUCAUUAGUCACAAUGCACAAGCCGCCAAGAAGGCCCCCCGGCGCUAUUCCCGCUCGCUGCAGGUCCUGGCACAGGUGCUGGAGCAGCAGCAGCAAGCCCAGGAGCGCUACAAUGCCACACAGAAAGGCCACGUGCCCCAAUACUUGUUGGAGCGCAGGGAUCUGUGGCGGCGGGAGGCUGAGGCCCGCAGGCUUGGCCAGCCAGAUCCCAGCAUGCCCCCUGGGCACACACUCAUGCCUGAGAGCCAGCGGCUGGAGACGUUGGACAGUCUGCUCCAGAGCCAGAGCCAGCUGCUGCGGGAGCUAAUACUGCUGCCCGCUGGGGCAGACUCACUGAAGGCCCAGGGCCACCGUGCAGAGCUGGACCGGAAGCUCGUGCAGGUAGAGGAAGCCAUCAAGAUCUUUUCCCAGCCCAAAGUCUUCGUGAAGAUGGAUGCCUGAGCCUGUGUGGGGGUCGUGGCGAGGAGGUUCCUGCUACAGAUCGCAACAUGGCUGCGCAGUGCAGGGUUGGGCCCCGUUACAGGGCGGUGGGGUCGGCAGUAUCUCCGGAGCACUCUUCCCAGCCACCAGUGACUACGGAAGGGCUAUCCCAGCCUUGGGCCCCUUUGACAAAAUUAAACUUUUUGUACGUGG